CCCCCCACACCAGGGCACCGUGACUCGGGCUCCCUCCCUCUCUCCCACCCGGCUGGAGGGGCAGCCCGGCCGGGUAAAGACAGCGACGGACCGACUGCCGGCGGAAGUUACUGGCGGAAGGCACAAGAACGGAGGACAAGGGAGUAUCUCCCUGAGACGCUGUGAUGUCAUCGCUGUCUAAUUACGGGCGGCGCAUGAUACGCCUCAGUGCACAAAUAUUUCAGGAGGUUGCACGGCCUACUGAUGAACGGUCGAUGAAGGUGGUGAAGCUGUUCAGCGAGCAGCCGCUGGCACUGCAGAAAGAUGUCUACGACUGGUACCCACAACAUAACCUCUACUACGCUCUGAUGCAAAGGCUGCGAUUCCUCGGCUUGUACAGGGAUGAGCACGAGGAUUUCAAAGAUGAAAUGAAGCGGCUCAGGAAGUUGCGAGGCAAAGGGAAGCCGAAGAAAGGAGAAGGGAAGCGAGCCAUGAAGAAGAAAUAGUGGCCACCACGCCUGGUCAUGCCACAAGCUCCCCCCCUUUCAUCAGCCACAUUUGCCCAUAUCCCUCGCUGCACAUUCCAGUUUUGUCUUAAAAUAUGACACGGUUCAUUUUGGAGGCACAAGGAACUGCAGAUGCUGGAACCCUGAGCAAAAAAUCAACUGCUGGAAGAACCCAUCAGGUCAGACAGCAUCAGCGAAGUGAAUGAACAGAUGACGUUUCAGGUUGGAAACCUUCUUCGGAUUCAGUCUGAAGGUCGUCUGUCCAUUCCCUCCACACAUGACCUGAUGAGUUCCUCCAGCAGUUUGCUUUUUGAUAACAUUUAAUUUUGACACAUUCCUUCCUCUAUUUCCCUCUCUCAUCUGCUGUAGGGAGUGUUGUUCAUCUCGGUCUCAAAGUUGCAAAGUUAGGAUGAAAGGAAAAAAUCCAAGACAAAUUACCAGUGUCUCUUCUGGUCUAGUUGGAUGGGAAUAUUAAAUUACAAAGAGAGGAAGGUGUCGGGUUCAAUUCCUGAUCUGUCCUUCUAAAACAACAUCGGUCUGUGUGCUACCAUUAAGGGCUGCUGGAGUGGGAGCUUAAAUCUUCCAGAGAUUCGAUUGCUAAUCUAUGAACCAGAUGCGGUUAAUAUUGGGAUGAUAUCCAGCUGUGGCGGAAUAGGUCAACAGUAUUCACAGCUCGUAUUCCCUCCGGGGAAAAGCACUGGAAGGUUAAUGGCACCCCCGGAACUAGACUCUCUUCCCCCUCUCCCCAGUUUAAAACUAAGGCUUUGUGAUUAGGAUUAAAGAAAAGGUCUCAGCCACUACCACAGCAGUAGCUGGCCAGUGCUAAUUGGGGAUGAAAUGUGAGAAAGAAUGUUAGGUGAGGGAGCACUCGUUAACAACACCACAGCGACAACAACCCUCACAUUAAUACCCUAGGGCCUGUUUGUUGUGUGGAGUGGCAGUGGGGAAGCAGAAUGAAUAUCACUUAUCCCCUUUUACCAUCCCCCGCAUCCUUUCCCAUUUUCUGUUCCUUCAAUGAGACACUAGUUUGUUUUUUGAGUGAACGCCAUAUAUAUCUGUUCACUAUGUUUACAAGAGUGUGAAAGUGACAGCUUUAAUAUGCUCGGAGAGCACCGUGGGCUCUGCUUUAGUCUUUUGAACUGAUACAACAGCAGGCAGCAAGACAACUAUAGAAAGCGUAACUAUCUGGAAUAGUUCAACGUGCCACACAUCAGCCUGAGAUUCAUGGCAGUUUAUAACUGGCUUAUAACCAAAUGUGAGUGUAACAGAUUAGUGGACUCUUGCCUAAGACACCUACUGUCACUGGAAAGUGAUGAAAGUGCAGCAAAUGACUCUUCUGUAGCAAUAAAUGCUGAAAUAUG